GAGCGAUGUUCUUAGGUUUUUGAGGUUGUGAGGUUGCGCCCCGGCCGGAUUCACAUUCAAGGCAUGGUUCAUGGCGACCUGUACAAAAUUGCGAUCAGCUGUGCUCCGGAGAGGAGUCAUUCUGAACCAUGGCCUUCGCUGGUGCCACCACGAUUCUCCCAAAAUCACCACUCAUUACAGAGUCGUGCCCAGGGAAACAGAUCCUCGAUGGAAAGAAGUGGAUAUGACCCGUGCCUCCGAUGAAACGGAUGUGGUCAUCGUUGGUGGCGGGCCAGCAGGCUUGUCAGCGGCCAUUCAUCUGCGGCAGUUAGCCACCAAGGCGGGCAAGGAACUUCGAGUCUGCCUAGUGGAGAAGGCCUCGCAGAUUGGUGGUCACACCUUAUCCGGAGCCUGCAUCGAACCUGGCCCCCUACAGGAGCUUUUUCCCGAUUGGAAAGAGAGAGGAGCCCCUUUGCAUACACCUGUGAAAGAAGAUGAGUUUUAUUACUUCACUGAAAAGUCCCAAAUCAAAAUCCCAGUGUUCAAAGGUCUGCCAAUGUAUAACCAUGGAAACUACAUUGUAAGGCUUGGAAACGUUGUGGCAUGGCUUGGCACCCAAGCCGAGGAACUGGGUGUGGAGAUCUACCCUGGAUACGGUGCCAGUGAGGUGCUGUACCAUGAUGAUGGCAGCGUGAAAGGUGUGGCAACAAAUGAUGUGGGAAUAGCAAAGGAUGGCUCGCCAAAGGAACACUUUGAGCGAGGCAUGGAGCUGCAUGCCAAGUGCACCAUCUUUGCCGAGGGUUGCCACGGCCACCUGGCCAAGCAGUUGUUCAAGCGCUUCAAUCUGCGCGAGGACUGCCAGCCGCAGACGUACGGCCUGGGGCUAAAGGAGCUCUGGGAGGUAGACCCCGCCAAGCACCGACCGGGCCUUGUCAUGCACAGCAUUGGCUGGCCACUUCACAAGGACAUCUACGGAGGGUCGUUCAUGUACCACCUGGAUGAAGGUGCCCCUCUGGUGUCCAUAGGUUUUGUAGUCGGCCUGGAUUAUCACAAUCCGUACGUAAGCCCCUACCAGGAAUUCCAGCGAUAUAAGACACACCCCCACAUACGCAACAUACUCGAAGGGGGAAAACGCAUUGGCUAUGGGGCAAGAGCUCUCAAUGAAGGUGGCCUGCAGAGCCUGCCGAAGCUAACAUUCCCCGGUGGUUGCCUGGUUGGCUGCAGCCCUGGCUUCAUGAAUGUGCCCAAGGUGAAAGGCACCCACAAUGCCAUGCGCAGUGCCAUGCUUGCAGCUGAGGCUGUGUUCGAAACUCUGACGGGAGAGAAUGCAUCCCCAACUAAAGGUUUAGAGCCUAGCAGUUACGAGCAGAAGAUACGCAACAGUCCAGUGUGGAAAGAGUUGCACUCUGUGCGGAACAUCCGGCCUUCCUUCAACACUCCGCUGGGUGUUUACGGCUCGGUCAUGUACACAGGAAUAUUUUACUUCAUUUGUCGAGGCAAGGAGCCCUGGACCCUGUCCCACAAAGGCACUGAUUCUGGCAAACUUGAACCAGCCAAGAAUUUCAAGCCCAUCGAGUAUCCAAAGCCAGACAAUGUGGUUUCGUUCGACCUCCCAUCUUCCGUCGCCCUGACUGGCACCAACCACGAAGGAAAUCAACCACCUCACCUGACCCUCCUCGAUGAUAAGAUCCCUGUUGAGCGCAACUAUGCCAUGUUUAAUGGACCGGAGCAGCGAUUUUGCCCUGCAGGUGUGUACGAAUAUGUGCCCAAGGAGACUGGCGAAGGUGUGCGACUGCAAAUCAAUGCCCAGAACUGCAUACACUGCAAAACAUGUGAUAUCAAAGAUCCAAGUCAGAACAUCAAUUGGGUCACACCAGAAAGCGGUGGUGGUCCUGCUUACUCUGGCAUGUGAACAAUCAUCCACGAGGCAAGGCCAACGAAAACCAGGCGUACUCAAACAACGGAGUCAAUAAAUUCAACACGGGGAAACCGGGCUAGGUGUAUAUUUUUUAGCUAAAAAUUGAGGAUAUGACUCAAGAAUGUACAAAUAAAGAGAAUUAUUUACAUCAAA